CAUGCUUGUGGCUUCAGCUUCGCUGAAUCAGUCUUCAUCAGCUCCACUACUGAUGGGUCGUAAGCUUUGGGAGCUCUCCUUUGAGCUUUGCAUCUUUGUUGAAGUCGUCAACAGGAAUUAACUAUUUUGGUCCUGCACACGAAGAUUAAAAGAAAGAACAUAGUGGGGAUGUCAUUUUCUUUGAUGGCUGGAGUGCUUGCAUUCUUCCUAUCAAAGUCAUUGCUUGAUUGCAACCCCUGCCGGCCUUUGCUGCUAUCAGAUUCAAAGCUGUCUCUUUGCCCGGCAAAUUAUUCACCUGUCUAUGUCCCACCUGUUUCUUCCCUCACACAAUGCCAAUUCGAUCUCUUCUCGUGCUCCACAGAAGAGUGGAGAGAAAAGAAACAAGAGGAAGAACAAGAUCAUCCAAGUCCCACUAUUCCUGCAUCUACCACAGGUGCAGCUCACUCGGGACCUUUAACAGCAUCUUAGGAUCAUGAGGGCGCUAUCACCGGAGGCUUUAAGAGCUCCUUCGUGCUUUCUAAUAAGGCAGUGCAACUCCAAAGCAUUCGAAUGGAAGAAAGUGACAUCCAUCUAUGCUUCCCAGCUUCUCCUUGCUAUAGAAGCAUCGAGGAAUCUGAAAUUUGUGGUGCAGAAAUGGAUUCGUACACGACAAGAUCAGUGCAAGGAUAUUGGAGUCAUUUUAGGUGGAGAAAAAUAUGCUACUGCUUCAUUCACCUUCCUACCUCUUUCCUCCUCCCUUCUUUACGCUGCAAUUAAACUUCCGACAUCCUUCUGCAUCUUACUGCGCCCAGCUGCCAUUAUAAGAGUGAUCAGAGGGACAGGGGAAGAGAAAACAGCAGCUCGGAAUGAGGUUGGUUAUGUGUGGGCAGCAGAAGGAGAAUUCCAAAGGGAUCGCAUUGAUCUCUGUCUGCUGAACAGUUUUGAGCGGUCAUGCGAUUCCUCUGGAAUUUCCCAUCUGUUGCUGAAUGUUCCUCCCUCUCUACUCGGCUUGGAAAGCUCAUCGUCCAGGCUCGAGUGGCGAUUCCUCGACAUGAUCUUUACUGAGUUCUUCCCGAAGCAAGAAAACGUCCAUGAUCCUAUUGAGAGACAGAUCGAUUUAAAUGACAUGUGAAAACGAAUCGUGUAACUCGAGGAAGAAAGAUCAGAGAAAACUAACCAACUUCUUCUUCUUCUUC